CGCCGCUGAACAGACUGAUAAGGUGCAAGCUACUAUAUAUUUAAAACCUGCUGUUACGCUUUACAGACGAUAUUUAUGUAUGGGAGGGGGGAGGGUGGUAGAAAUACGUCGGCCAAAAUAAAUAUACUUUGCUGAGAGGUUUUAAAGGGGGCUGCUUAAGGGAUGAGUGAUCUUGUCAGUGUUAGCUGGGAGCUGGGCAGUGAAGAGACCGUGUGUGAGGUGUCAGUUUCAAUGUCCCAGUCCCACUCGGUGUCAGGAGGGCGGGAGAGUCGUGCAGCCUCGUUGACCGCAGGCAGCAGCGGCGCUGACUCGUAAACCCGGCUUCCCUGAGGCGAAACUGUGCCUGGGGAGAGGAGAGGGGAGGGGAGCGAAGCGGAGAGACGACAAAGUGAGAAUCACCGCCCCCUCCCAGCACUGACACUUAGCUAAAGAUAAUUCCCGUGCUCGGCGCGUCUUCAACCCAACGCCGGGAGCGGGGCGGAUGCAAGGAUGACGGUGGCUGUGGAAGGUGAGGCCGGGGCGAUCUCCCCCUCGCUGGCGAUCUACAUCGGGAUAGAGGUGCUGAUCGCGGUCACCGCCGUGCUGGGCAACGUGCUGGUGUGUUGGGCCGUCAAGAUCAACCGGGCUCUCAGGGAGACCACCUUCUGCUUCAUCGUGUCGCUGGCGCUGGCUGACAUCGCCGUGGGCACGUUGGUCAUCCCUCUGGCCAUCACCAUCAGCAUCGGCCUCAAGACCCACUUCUACAGCUGCCUCCUCUUCUCCUGCACCGUCCUGGUCCUGACCCAAAGCUCCAUCCUUGCGCUGCUGGCUAUCGCUAUCGAUCGCUACCUUCGAGUCAAGGUCCCCACCAGUUACAAGAGUAUCGUGACACAGAGACGAGCUGGAACUGCUGUGUUUCUAUGCUGGGCCAUAUCUAUAAUUGUUGGCAUGAUUCCCAUGUUUGGAUGGAACAAGUACACUGAAGUUACCCAAAGUGGAGAGAACUCCAGUCGCAUGAACAAUAUCAUUGUGUGCCAGUUUGAGACUGUAAUCAGUAUGGACUAUAUGGUCUACUUCAACUUCUUUGGUUGGGUGCUGCUACCUCUUGUACUGAUCUUUGUGAUCUAUGUGGAGAUAUUUAAUCUUAUACGGAAACAUCUGAACCAAAACAUCUCAAUCAACAAUACUGACCCACGAAGGUACUUCGGGAAGGAGCUAAAACUCGCAAAGUCGUUGGCUCUAGUGUUGCUGUUAUUUGCAAUUUGUUGGCUUCCUCUACAUAUCAUCAAUUGCAUUACACUAUUUUGUCCUUCGUGCCACAAACCGAGUAUAGUACUGUACAUUGCCAUCUUUCUAACACACGCAAACUCUGCUGUAAAUCCCAUUGUGUACGCUUUCAAGAUCAACAAGUUUCGAGUGACCUUUCUCCAGAUAUGGAGCCAUUACAUUUGCUGUAACAAAGAUCACAACUCAAAUAACUUAAGCAGAGAACAGUUAAGAGGUAGAAGGGAACAGAGAAGUACUAUGUAACUUAUAUACUGUACUUGAAGUAAUUGCCCUGGAUAAUCAGAUCAUUAUCGAUGCUGAGUUCAUUACAUUACUAUUGAUUUAACUGAAAGAGCAUCAGAAUAUUCUGACGCAAAAAUAAACUUGCAAAAUGACAACUGUCAAAGUCACCUGCUAUCGAGCAAAGAAUCUUUUUGAAACAUUUAGAACAUAUCUGUUGAAGCUUUGACAACUCUUUGUUCCUCCUCUGUUUUUUCUUAUAAUUUGCUUCCUUGUCGAGCUCACAAGGUUCUCAGUUUUAGAGAAAGGCACUGAAGCACUAACAUGAUGAUGGAUUGCUGGACAACUGAGUGACGAGCAACUUUACAGAAGAAGGAGACUUUCAGCAACAUGGAGCCAAUUUAAAUCGAAACACUGUGUAGGAAGGAACUGCAGAUGCUGGUUUAAACCGAAGAUAGACACAAAAUGCUGGAGUAACUCAGCGGGCCAGGCAGCAUCUUUGGAACCCAUUCCUUCUCUCCAGAGACGCUGCCUGUCCUGCUGAGUUACUCCAGCAUUUUGUCUGAAUCGGAACAUUGAUGUAUUUUAAAAGAAAGCAGAGCUUAAGGCCAUAGCUGUGAAUCAUUUUAAAGAACAUAAUAGUCUGACAAUAUACUUUACCAGCAAAUGGAUUUUAAUAAAUUAUGUACAUUUUUGUGACAAAAGAAUUCACUUUGCCAUUCUACACAGUAAGAUAUAACCAGCAAGCCUUAAUUUUAGUUGAAAAUAAGCAAAACUAUUAAGCUUGUAUUUUAAAUUGGCAUCAUAAUCCUUAUCAACAUGCUAAAAGACAGAAAACAGUUUUUGACCUCAAAUUUGCACUGGCAUUGGUGAAUAUUAGCUGUGUUGAUGUUACUGUACGUAUGUAUAUAUCUUGCUGCCGAAAACAGAGUUUGUAAAAAACAACAUGUAUAUGAUAUUCUUCUAUAUUUAAUUUGAGUUACUACAUUCUGAUGCAGGAGAGUAAAGGCAAACUUGAACUAUUUCCAUGUAUAUAUUAAAUGUUUAGCAUUGUAUCACUUCAUACACAUGCUCCCAAUAUGAUCAACUGUUUAUUUUCACUCCAAAUUGCUUUUCAUUUACUUAAUUCAUACAUUAUCUCUGGAAAUGAUAGCAAAAAUAACAUAUUAAAAAAUGUAAUAUGUUAUUAUAAAUAAUUUGAUGCCCAUCCUUAGUUACCCUUGAGAAGAUCGAUUUGAUGUUUCCAGUGAUGGGGGAGUUUAAACUCAAAGGGCGCAGUGUCAGAAUAAAAGGACACAUCUCCAAAAUGAAGAUGAGGAGGAACCUCUUUAGCCGGAGGGUGGUGAAUCUGUGGAAUUCAAGAAAACGGAAUUACAGACCAGUUAGCCUGACUUCGGUGGUGGGAAAGAUGCUGGGGUCAAUUAUUAAAGAGGUAAUAAUGGGGCAUUUGGAUAGCAGUAAAAUGAUUAGUCGAAGCCAACAUGGAUUUAUGAAAGGGAAUCUUCUGGAAUUUUUUGAGGAUGUGACAAGUAAAAUGGAUGAAGUGGAUAAAGACUUUCAGAAAGCCUUUGAACUGGACAGAAAGCCCGCACUGGAGACUGGUGACUAAAAUUAGAGCACAUGGUAUUGGGGGUAGGGUGUUGACAAGGAUAGAAAAUUGGUUGGCAGACAGGAAGCAAAGAGUAGGAGUGACGGGUCCUUUUCAGAAUGGCAGGCAGUGGCGAGUGGAGUGCCGCAAGGCUCAGUACCAUGCUGCAUACCAUAUAUAUUACCAUAUAUAUUAAUGAUUUGGAAGAGGGAAUUAGGAGCAACACUAGCAAGUUUGCAGAUGACACAAAGCUGGGUGGCAGUGUGAACUGUGAAGAGGAUGUUAAGAGGUUGUAGGGUGACCUGGACAGGUUGAGUGAGUGGGCAGAUGUGUGGCAGAUGCAGUAUAAUAUAGAUACAUGUGAGGUUAUCCACUUUGGUGGCAAAAACAAGGGGGCAGAUUAUUAUCUCAAUGGGGUUAGGUUAGGUAAGGGGAGGUGCAGCGAGACCUGGGUGUCCUUGUACACCGGUCACUGAAAGUUGGCGUGCAGGUACAGCAGGCAGUGAAGAAAGCUAAUGGAAUGUUGGCCUUCAUAACAAGAAGAUUUCAGUAUAGGAGUAAAGAGGUUCUUCUGCAGUUGUAUAGGGCUCUGGUAAGACCACACCUGGAGUAUUGUGUACAGUUUUGGUCUCCUGAUUUGAGGAAGGACAUCCUUGUGAUUGAGGCAGUGCAGCGUAGGUUCACGAGAUUGAUCCCUGGGAUGACGGGACUGUCAUAUGAGGAAAGAUUGAAAAGACUAGGCUUGUAUUCACUGGAGUUUAGAAGGAUAUAGACAAUAGGUGCAGGAGUAGGCCAUUUGGCCCUUCGAGCCAGCACCGCCAUUCAAUGUGACCAUGGCUGAUCAUCCCCAAUCAGUACCCCGUUCCUGCCUUUUCCCCAUAUCCCCUGACUCCGCUAUUUGUAAGAGCCCUAUCUAGCCCUCUCUUGAAAGCGGGGGAUCUUAUAGAAACAUAUAAAAUUAUAAAAGGACUGGACAAGCGAGAUGCAGGAAAAAAUGUUCCCAAUGUUGGGCAUGUCCAGAACCAGGGGCCACGGUCUACGAAUAAAGGGGAGGCCAUUUAAGACUGAGGUGAGAAAAAACUUUUCACCCGGAGAGUUGUGAAAUUCCCUGCCACAGAGGGCAGUGGAGGCCAAAUCACUGGAUGGAUUUAAGAGAGAGUUAGAUAGAGCUCUAGGGGCUAGUGGGAUCAAGGGGUAUGGGGAGAUGGCAUUGAUUGGGUUGAUCAACCAUUUUGGUUGAUCAACGAGUUAUUGAUUGGGGAUGAUCAACCAUGAUCACAAUGAAAGGCGGUGCUAGCUUGAAGGGCCGAAUGGCCUCCUCCUGCACCUAUUUUCUAUGUUUCUAUAUAACUCCGAAGUCUUUUGGUCGAUGGUUUUAUCUUUCAAUUGUUGUGAUGAAGGUACUUAUUGCAAUAUUUUCUUUGGACACUGCUACAACACUUGGUAUCGAUUAUUAAUAUUGUUCAUUCUGAUUGUACUACUGAAAAUAUUUUCAUCUGCAAUGCUUUUCCAAAAAUCAUUAUCAGCAAAUUCUUACCAUCUCUCUUUGAAAUCAUUAUUUCUCUUUGAGUUUCAGUUCCUCCAUUGCUGGCAUUGCAACUGGAGUGAACACAACAGGGUAAAACUGCCCAGUAGAAGCCUUGAAUAGAAGCCACAUAAUCGGUCAUAUCAAGGUUGUUGGCAUUUGGCGUUCCAUGGAUAUUUAGAAUAUUCAGGAUAUUUAGGGACCCUAAAGAGUAAGUUAAAUGAAGGAAUGAAAGGAAAGUAAAGAUGCUUGGAAUCGGUAAUAUAAACAGAAAAUUGCAAAGAAAGCAAAUGAAACAGCAUUGGACAACGUAGCAUGGAGAGGGCCCUUCAGCCCACCAUGAUCAUGCUGUCCAUCGAAUGCACGUCCAUACCAGUUCCAUGUUAUCUCAUUUUCGCAUCGACUUCCUGCACACUAGGGGCAAUUUACAAUCUCCAAUUAACAUACAAACAUGCUCAUCUUCGGAAUGUGGGAACUGGAACCCCCAGAGGAAACUCUUGCAGUCACAGGGAGAAUUCACACAGACAGCACCUGAGGUGAGGAUCGAACCCGGGUCCCUGGUGCUGUGAGGCAGCUGCUCUACCAGCCGCGCUACUUAGCAAAGCUGAUCUAACGUAAGAAAUAUAGAAACAUAGAAAAUAGGUGCAGGAGUAGGCCAUUCGGCUCUUUGAGUCAGCGCCACCAUUCAAUAUGAUCAUGGCUGAUCAUCCAAAAUCAGUACCCCGUUCCGGCUUUUUCCCCGUAUCCCUUGAUUCCCUUUAGCCCUAAGAGCUAAAUCUAACUCUCUUGAAGAGACACAGUUAAUGAAUUAUAUUGCAAAAAUUAUAAGUGCCUUCCUCUUCACCAAUGCCACCGGUUCAGGAAAGGCAUAUAUUAUCCGCAAAAUGAUUCAGUGGAAUCUGUUGAAUAUUAGAUAUGGGAAUGACUGACCUUAAGUUCUCUCCUACUCCUACACACUGGUUUAUAUAGAGAUGUCAAUAGCCACUGUCAUAAUAAGAAUUACUUUCAUCCCUCAUUACCUGCUGAUAAUUAUAUUUCAUGUAAUAUUUUCUCCACCUUUAUAUAUUUGGGUUUGAGCCUCACUUUGUUACAGAUCAAACUAAAAAAUGUCUGACAUCAAUUCAUUGACAGUCAAAUGCAUCUCUUUAAAAAUUCAAACGUAAAGUAUCCUAUGCAGAAGGUUUUAGUUUAGAUUCAGAACUUGUGUUAUGUUGGCUGAUUUCAAUCUGAGCAGCAUAAAGGUGUUCCAAUUAACUUUGGCAUCCGUCCGUAAAAGAGGUUGAAAAAUCAGACACGUUUCAGUUUAGUUGAGUUUAGCUUAUUGUCACCUGUACCAAGGUACAAUGAAAAGCUUCUUGUUGUGUGCUAUCCAGUCAGUGGAAAGACUAUACACGGUUACAAUCAAGCCGUUCACAGUGUACAGAUGCAGAAUAAAGGGAGUAACAUUUAGUGCAAGAUAGCCUGAGGGUCUCCAAUGAGGCAGAUGGUAGCUCUGGUCCACUGUCUAGUUGGUGAUAGGAUGGUUCAGUUGCCUGAGAACAGCUGGGAAAAAACUGUCCCUGUAUCUGGAGGUGUACGUUUUCAUACUUCUGUACCUCUUGCCUGAUGGGAGAGGGGAGAAGAGGGAGUGACCAGGGUGAGACUCAUCCUUGAUUAUGCUGGUAGCCUUAACGAGGCAGCACGGUGUAGAUGGAAUCAAUGGAAGGGAGGUUGGUUUGCGCGAUGGUCCGGGCUGCGACCAAAAUUCAUUGGAAUUUCUUGUGGACUUGAAUGGAGCUGUUCCCAAACCAUGCAGUGAUGCAUCCCGAUAAAAUGCUAGUCUCUAUUUUUGCUUAUUAACCAAUGACUCAUGUUGAACCACCGUCAUGUGGUUAAUGGUGCGAGAAACACUGGGGUGCUUGCCUAGUGAGAUAAUGCCCACUUAUUUGCAGUCUAGUCUGCAAUUGUGAAAUAUUUAUGUGAAAUACCAGAUCAUUGUUGGUUCCUGCAGAAUAAUAUGUCAAGAAUCAGUUCCAGGAAUGAAACCUAGCUUUCUGCAAUCUAGCACUAUGCCUCCAUCCUUAAUAGGAUAAUGGAUUUCCUUUAAAAAUAAAUUCUUCUUUUAGAGAGAAAUCAAGUGAUCUGCAAAUGUAGAGGUUAGGCUUCAUGAGAGAAUGUUCUAAAGAACUACACAUUCUAACGCACGGUCAUUAACAAUUCAAUUUAAAAAAAUCCGGUUAUUUAAAGAUUUUUGAAAUCAAUAAUUUGUUGGUCUCUGCAAUUUUGAAAUAAAAUCUGCGCACAAUAUAUAUUCUAGGGAAGAUGGCAAAUCUAUUUUAUGUGUCAGUAACCUCACAAAAAUACUUUAUUGACUUCAGAGGAAUCUCUUUUAUCUUUCUAUUGUUGCAGUUGCAGCUUUACGAGGAAGAAAGUCAGAGUGAGAAGCAAAGUGAUGGUUUGACAUUCCUCAAUGUUCCCCAUAAAUCUAGAUGUGAAUUCAGGGUAUCCCUUUUGUGAUAUAGACAACUGUGAAUAAGUUCCACUGCAUUAAAUUAAUUUUAACGAUGGCAACUUGAGAAAUGAAUGAAUAUGCUUGAAUUUUGCAAUUUAGCAGAUGUCAAUGCCAUGAUUUCAAAACCGGGCAUUCAUAGGCUUUAUAGCAUCUGAAACACUUGUGAAUAUUAAGGGUUCGUAUUAACCUGUUUUCCUUUUCAAUCAUUUUCUAAAAUUAAAUGGAUGUGAUACUGGCUGUAGUGUUUCAUACUAUUUCAUCUCCAUAAAAUUGACAGUUUUUAUUGGGGCAAUGUAAAGUAGAACUGACCUUGUUGAAAGAUUAUCACUAGAUAGUGGCUGUUUAACAGUGAAAUUCCUGCAAAGCAGGAAAUACAGGAAACAUUUAUACAAUAGUGCAGUCAUUUUGCUGGGAAAUCGAGUCAUUUUUUGGGAGGAACAUGCAUUCUUAUUGUUAAUGUUGUUGUUGAUCAAUACCAAAUAAAAUGCAUUAUUGGCUAUUCUUGGAUCAAGAGUCAAGAGAGAGUCAAGAGUGGAUACAAGCAGCUGAAGGUUUACUAAAUCAACACAAAGUGCUGCAGUAACUCCGCAGGUCAAGCAUCAUCUCCUAAGCACAUGGAUGGGUGACAUAUCGAGUUAGGACCCUUCUUUAUAAGGGUCAGGACCCUUCCUCAGAUUGGCACGUCUGAUAAAGGCUGGUCUGAAGAAAGGUCCCGAUCAGAAACGUCAUCUAUCCACAUGUUCUCCAGCCGAUUAUGCCGCACCCACUGAGUUACUCCAGCACUAUGUGUCUUUUUUUGAGUCAUGAGUGUUUAAUUGUCAUAUGUACCAAUAAUGGAACAAUAAAAUUCAUACUUGCAGCAGCAUAGAAGGCCUGUAAAACACAAUAUACAAAGGUAAUAUGUAAUAAAAGAAAAAUUCAAUAAAUUAAUACCUCUAAUAAUUGUG